UCCCGGGUUGUUGGGGAAGAGAGAGAUUGACAUUGGGUUAUAGAGAGAGAGAGAGAGAGAAUCGACAUUGGAGGUGAUGGGCUUCUAAGAGUCAAACGGUGAAGAUGAUUGCUGGAGUCCGUUCAUAGGGCUUCGUGGAGGGCUAGAGAGAGAUGGCUUCAUGGAACUCGUUGCCUCUUGAGGUUUCGUACCAGGUUGUUGGCUGGAUUGCUUUUGUUUCAUGGUCGAUCAGCUUCUACCCCCAAGUCUUCCUCAAUUACAGAAGAAAAAGCGUUGUGGGGCUUAAUUUCGACUUUUUGCUCCUCAAUUUCACAAAGCACUCAUCCUACUUCAUUUACAACGCCUCUCUCUUCUUCAGCCCCUUCAUCCAACGCCAGUAUUUCGAAAAAUAUGGCUCUGAUGAGAUGAUUCCAGUAGCUGCAAAUGAUGUUGCCUUCUCGAUUCAUGCCGUUGUCUUGACAGCCUUUACCAUAUUUCAAGUGUUCAUAUAUGAAAGAGGAUCCCAGAAAGUUUCAAAGACCGCGGGGGUAAUUACUGUAGCAGUGUGGACUGUCGCCACGGUUUGUUUGUUCAUUGCUUGGCCAAAGCAAUCCUGGCUUUGGUACAUCUCUAUAUUUAACUCCAUACAGGUUUUCAUGACCGCUAUCAAAUACAUACCACAGGCAAUCAUGAACUUUGCACGAAAAAGUACAGAAGGGUGGAGCAUAGGCAACAUUUUACUUGAUUUGUCGGGAGGCAUAACAAACUUUGCACAAAUGGGCAUCCAAUCAAUAGAUCAGCGAACACUAGUGAACUUUUAUGGCAAUAUAGGAAAGACACUGCUAUCCUUGGAGACGGUCUUCUUUGAUCUUCUUUUCAUCAUUCAGCAUUAUGUUCUCUACCCUGCCAGAGACACAAAAAGUUCAGAAGCAGCACCAUUUCUAAGAUCAGCAGAGAGCAGUAAUACUAAACUGAAAGCGAAUGAUGAUUCAAUGUCCCACGAUGUGUGAUAUAAAUUGGUCAUUUGAUUUGUGUUUUACUUUCUAUUUGUACAUAUAUUUAUCUUGGUUGGGUAAGGACUGGAGGUUAAGGGGCUCAUUCCUGUGCGUGCGACACUAUAAGGCAUCAAUUCUAUCAAACUUUUAGCAUCAGUAUGUUGAUGUUGUUCUUUCUUCCUAAAUGUUAAUAACCUUGUUUAAACAUGCCUAAUUUUGUCUUCUACAGAUAAAUUAUUUUUGUUUGGGAA